AGCAACGGCAGAAUAAAGAGGCAGUUAUGCUUUGCUUGAAUUUGAAACAAACCCAUCAAAUAUUCAUCCUCAGCAUGCUACAACAUGUUGUAAUGCUAGCAUAAGUAGAAAUUGUACAUAGUGACAAUCAGUGUUGUGCUUGAGCGUGUUCAUAUUUUGGUGAACAGUGAACUGGUUAGCUUAGUUUACUGCAACUCAGGGAAGGAUCGCUAGCGUUGUAGCUUGGAGACAGUGAACGACGGUUAACUUUCCCAGCGUUACCGAAAGCUGUGUUUAUUUAUUAGUCUACUUCCAUACAGCUCUGUUGACUCUUGUUAGUUUGCUGUAUCCAUACCCUGCUCCAAAUAUUUCAUCAUUCUAGUUUCAUAUUUUCAGCCUGUUGGUGCGAUUCGUUUAUGUUUCCCCUCUCUCUUUAUCAUACCACUGCUCUGUGGCCUUUAAAUGCCCACACUGAGGAAUAUCCUUUUUGUAAUUGCAUCGUAUCAAGGACAGUCGUCCAUAUAUAAUGUUUUAUAUCACGUGAGGACGAAGUGCUUGAGACAUUAUAACCGAUUGAACAAGUGAAGGGAUUUAGUCUUUCAAAUACAGGAUGAAUGGACUGUUAUAAUUAACACUAAACACAUCAAAGUGAUUAAAAUCUAAGAUUACUUUAUUUAUUCUGACCUUUAUUAUGAGACAGCUGCUGUAUGUGAAAUUAAAACACAGGACUUUUAGAAGGAUGAGUCUCAGUAUGUUUAACAGGUGUCCUGGUGUUUAUCACUGUUUAAGCAGUGAAGGAGUUUUUAAAAGUUAAUGUCAAGGCUGUGGAGACUUCUACUAAACAUUUGUGGCGUAUAUUUGGAAAGCUCUGCUAAUGUGUCCAGGACAGGUCUAAGCUGGCGGUCUACAUCUGAACUGAUGCUGUGUGUAUGUGUGUGUUUGUUGUGAAAAAAAGGGGGACGUUUUGAGCAGGUGCAGGUACACAAACACCCAGAAACCCCCUCUAUGUGUGUUAGAGGAGAGGGGGAUGUAUGGCUCAGGUUACCCUGCCAGAAGGGAGCAAGAAGAGAAGGAACUGGAUGGAGGGGGGUCGUCAGGCCCAAAAACAGCCACCAGCGUCUUCCACACGUGGGGGCGGGAGGUCUCAGCUGUGGCGUGGCCCUGAACGCCGUCCUUCACAUUAUAACCUGCUGACAUCCGGACGUCCAGCAUGGGGAAAGGGAGCGGUGCCGAGAAUGGAGGGAAGAGGAAGAAGAAGGACAGGGAUUUGGAUGAGCUGAAGAAGGAAGUGUCCUUGGACGACCACAGAAUCUCUCUGGAUGAUCUGGGAAAACGCUACGGAUUGGACCUUACACGGGGACUGACCUACGCCAAAGCUGCUGAGGUUCUGGAGCGCGAUGGUCCGAACGCCCUCACGCCUCCCCCCACCACCCCCGAGUGGGUCAAGUUCUGCCGUCAGCUGUUCGGCGGCUUCUCCGUCCUGCUCUGGAUCGGUGCCAUCCUCUGCUUCCUGGCCUACAGCAUCCAGGUGGCCACAGAGGACGAGGCGCCCAAUGACAAUCUGUACCUGGGCGUGGUGCUGGCGGCUGUGGUCAUCAUCACCGGCUGCUUCUCCUACUUCCAAGAGGCCAAGAGCUCCCGAAUCAUGGACUCCUUCAAGAAAAUGGUGCCACAGCAAGCGUUGGUGAUCCGGGAGGGGGAGAAGAUGCAGAUCAAUGCUGAGCUUGUGGUGCAGGGAGAUCUGGUGGAGAUCAAAGGGGGAGACCGCAUCCCAGCUGACCUUCGAGUGAUCUCCUCCAGCGGAUGCAAGGUGGACAACUCCUCUCUGACGGGAGAAUCUGAGCCACAGACCCGCUCCCCAGAGUUCACGCACGACAAUCCUCUCGAGACUCGGAACAUCUGCUUCUUUUCCACCAACUGUGUCGAGGGCACAGCUCACGGCGUCGUAAUUGCCACCGGUGACCGAACCGUGAUGGGACGGAUCGCCACGCUGGCGUCAGAGCUGGAAGUCCGCCGCACGCCCAUCAACAUCGAGAUCGAGCAUUUCAUCCACAUCAUCACGGGAGUGGCCGUCUUCCUGGGCGUGAGCUUCUUCAUCCUGUCGCUCAUCCUGGGCUACUCCUGGCUGGAGGCCGUCAUCUUCCUCAUCGGCAUCAUCGUGGCGAACGUGCCCGAGGGGCUGCUGGCGACUGUCACUGUGUGUCUGACUCUCACUGCCAAGCGGAUGGCCAAGAAGAACUGCCUGGUGAAGAACCUGGAGGCCGUAGAGACUCUCGGCUCCACCUCCACCAUCUGCUCCGACAAGACGGGCACGCUGACCCAGAACCGCAUGACCGUAGCCCACAUGUGGUUCGACAACCAGAUCCACGAGGCUGACACUACCGAGGACCAGACUGGUUCGGGUUUUGACAAGAGCUCUGCUACUUGGACUUCUCUGUCUCGGGUUGCCGGUCUGUGCAACAGAGCUGAUUUCAAAGCUGGACAGGAGAGCUUCCCCAUCCUGAUGAGGGAGACAGCGGGGGAUGCAUCAGAGUCGGCUCUGUUCAAAUGCAUCGAGCUGUGCUGUGGGAGUGUUCGUGAGAUGAGAGCCAGGAACUCCAAAGUGAUUGAGAUCCCCUUCAACUCCACCAACAAGUAUCAGCUCUCCAUCCACGAAGUGGAGGACAAUCCCUCUGGUCAUAUUCUGGUCAUGAAGGGAGCACCUGAGAGAAUCUUGGACAGGUGCAGCACCAUCAUGAUCCACGGCCAGGAGCAUCCACUUGAUGAGAACUGGAGGGAGGCUUUCCAGAGUGCCUACAUGGAGCUGGGAGGACUGGGAGAGAGAGUGCUCGGCUUCUGCCACUUGAAUCUGUCUCCAUCGCAGUUCCCCAGAGGAUUCACCUUCGACAGCGACGACACAAACUUCCCCACAGAGCAGCUCUGCUUCCUGGGUCUCAUCUCCAUGAUUGAUCCGCCGCGUGCCGCUGUGCCUGAUGCAGUGGGUAAAUGCCGCUCUGCUGGUAUCAAGGUGAUCAUGGUGACCGGAGACCACCCAAUCACAGCCAAGGCCAUUGCUAAAGGUGUGGGCAUCAUCUCUGAGGGAAACGAGACGGUGGAGGACAUCGCCGAGAGACUGAACAUCCCUCUGAGUCAAGUUAACCCCAGAGAUGCCAAAGCUUGCGUGGUGCACGGCUCAGACCUAAAGGACAUGAGCGCCGAGUACCUGGACGACCUGCUGAGGAACCACACUGAGAUAGUGUUCGCUCGGACCUCACCUCAGCAGAAGCUCAUCAUCGUGGAGGGCUGCCAGAGACAGGGGGCGAUCGUGGCUGUGACGGGUGAUGGCGUGAACGACUCCCCGGCCCUGAAGAAGGCCGACAUCGGAGUUGCCAUGGGGAUCGCGGGCUCUGAUGUGUCCAAGCAGGCGGCUGACAUGAUCCUGCUGGACGACAACUUUGCCUCCAUCGUCACCGGAGUGGAGGAGGGUCGUCUCAUCUUUGAUAACCUGAAGAAGUCCAUCGCCUACACACUGACAAGCAACAUCCCAGAGAUCUCGCCCUUCCUCCUCUUCAUCAUCGCCAGCGUUCCUCUGCCACUGGGAACCGUCACCAUCCUCUGCAUCGACCUGGGCACUGACAUGGUUCCAGCCAUCUCAUUGGCUUACGAGACAGCUGAGAGCGACAUCAUGAAGCGGCAGCCGAGGAACCCGAAAACGGACAAGCUGGUCAAUGAACGCCUCAUCAGCAUGGCCUACGGACAGAUAGGCAUGAUCCAGGCCCUCGGAGGUUUCUUCACCUACUUUGUGAUUUUGGCGGAGAACGGCUUCCCCCCAGGCUUCUUGGUGGGUAUCCGCAUCAACUGGGACGACCGUGAUCUCAACGACCUGGAGGACAGCUAUGGGCAGCAGUGGACCUACGAGCAGAGGAAGAUCAUCGAGUUCACCUGCCACACCUCCUUCUUUGCCAGCAUCGUGGUUGUGCAGUGGGCCGAUCUUAUCAUCUGUAAGACCAGGAGGAACUCCCUCUUCCAGCAGGGCAUGAAGAACAGGAUCCUCAUUUUUGGCUUGUUUGUGGAGACGGCUCUGGCUGCCUUCCUCUCCUACUGCCCUGGAAUGGACGUGGCUUUGCGCAUGUACCCCCUGAAGACCCUGUGGUGGUUCUGUGCCUUCCCAUACAGUCUUCUCAUCUUCAUUUAUGAUGAGGUCCGUAAAUUCAUUCUGAGGAGGAGCCCUGGAGGUUGGGUGGAGCAGGAGACAUAUUAUUAACAUUCAGAAAAUGUCACUUUGAAUUGUGGGUCUGUGAUUGUGUGUGUGUGUGUUUGUGUGUGUCAGUUGUAAUAUUGCAUGGAUCAGUUCACAAAUCUGAUUAUCAUAAAAGUACUGCUGAAAAUAGGCUUCUGAUUAUGCUUUGAGUUUUUCCUCUUUGUUUUCUUCUGAAAACAUUUCCAGCAGAGCGGAGCUAUCGUACGCCCAUGUGCCUUAUGUGGACUGUUACCUAAGUGAUGUACCUCGGCCUGUUUGGCUGUAAAAUAAUGCCAAAUGUGAAAUGUACCAAAUAAAUGUCUUCCCAAACA